UGACACUGAAAGAGGAGAGUCAAGAACUCAGUGUAAAAGAAGAUAACUUUCAUUCUGAAAAGACACGAAAAAGAGCUCAAAAGACAGCAAAUAGACGUUAUUUCACCUGCCAACAGUGUGGAAAGAGUUUCGAAGAGCAUGGAAAACUCAAUUCCCACAUGAGGAUUCACACUGGAGAGAAACCUUUUGUCUGCCAACAGUGUGGAAAGAGUUUCACUGAAAAAGGAAACCUUAAUGUUCACAUGAGAAUUCACACCGGAGAAAGCCCUUUCACCUGCCAACAGUGCGGAAAGAGCUUCACUCAAAACGUUCACCUUAAAAACCACACGAGAAUUCAUUCUGGAGAGAAGCCUUACACCUGCAAACUGUGUGGAAAGAGCUUCAUUCAAAUAUCAAACCUUAAAACCCAUAUGAGAAUGCACAGUGGAGAGAAGCCUUACACAUGCUCUCAAUGUCAAAGGAGUUUUACAUAUAAACAUAACCUUGAUGUCCACGUAAGAACUCACACUGGAGAGAAACCUUUCACCUGCAAACUGUGUGGAAAGAGUUUCAUUCGAAAACCAAACCUUAAAAUCCACAUGCGAAUUCACACUGGAGAGAAACCUUUCAUAUGCGCUCAGUGUGGAAAAAGUUUUACAUAUAAACAACACCUCAAGGACCACAUGAGGAUUCACUCUGGAGAGAAACCUUUCACCUGCCAACAAUGUGGAAAGAGCUUCACUGAAAAAGGAGACCUUAGGAAACACAUGAAGAUUCACACUGAAGAGAAGCCGUUUACAUGUGAUCAGAGUUUCGAAUAUGAAGUUACUCUUUAACAUGUACAACCACACCGGUGUGAUUAUUGUUGAAUGUGAUUAACUGCUAAAUUCAAAUAUGCUUUCGUGCUUUGGCUGGUGCGGAGCAUGAGAUGGGCAUCGUGCUCAGCGCUUGUUAUAUGUGUGCUUUAAUAAAAACAAUUGGAAGCAAUAAAUUGUGCCUUAAAAAUUAUGUGCCUUAGUGUUGAGAUGAAUGAACAAACAAAAUCAGAAACUGCAAGUUGUCAAC